GUCUAGAUAUAGUGCUCUUAUGAUUUCAAUUAUCAUAUGGAACAGGCUGCUGCUAAUAUUCAUAAGAUGGAAACAAAGAGGGGCUUACAUGAUGAUGGUGGAGCCACAAAUUCAGGUCAAACUGACCAUGAGAUAUUGAGGGAUCCUGCUCCAGUUAGAAGUAAAGGAUGUGCCGGUGUAUCUUCGUCAUCUACUCGGAAGAAAAGGAAGCCGGGUCAGUGUACUGUUUGUAAAGAGUAUGGGCAUAAUAAGCAAACAUGUGAAAUACGUCGACAUCGUGCUAACAAGACACAUUCGGCAGAUGCAGAUCGUCACAACAAUGACUUCAGUGAUGACUCUUUGCAUAAUGAUCUUGACUGAAUUGUAAAAGUGCAUCAGCGAAAGAAGUAUGGAAAGGGAUGCAACUUGUAAGGUUAACACAAUUUCCAGAGGAAGGAUUAUGAUUUAGAUUGGUUUGUAAAUACUCUGAUUUCUAAGUACUUUAACUUUGGUUAACAUCGAAGUUCCAAGGGAAGAUUUUAUGUACUUUCUGUUA